AGCCUUAUCCGUUUCACUACGCCCCAUAUACCAUCUCCGUUGAACGCUCUCGAAACCACCGUCUCUCUCUCUCUCUCACUCUCUCUCUAAUCCAUGGCGACACCAUUUACCGCAUUCCGCCCGUCCACAAUCCUCUGCUCCUCCGCCUCCUCCAACCGCCGCAAACCACCGUCCUCCUCCUCCUCUUCCGCGAACUGGUGGAACCCACUCUUCGGCUGGCCCACCGAUCCCGACUACAUCACCAGCGAUAACAAGGAACCGGUGGAGCGAACCCCUCGCUCGUCCGACUCGGAUCCGGGCCGGGCCGGGCCCCGUUUCAGGGUGGGUUGCUUCACCGAAGAGAAGGCGAGGGAGCUGCGGCGGAAGACGGCGGAGAUAACCACGUUCCACGACGUCAUGUACCACUCGGCGAUCGCGUCUCGGCUCGCUUCCGGUACGACGUCGGAGAAAUAAGUUAUUUAUUAGGCGACGCCGCCGACCCGGUAAAGCCGCUCGCCGGUGGUAUUAUUUCCGGCGAGUUAUGGUUUUGGCUCGGAUCUGGUGUUGUGGCGUUUCCUUUGCAAUCUGUCGACUUGAAAGUUUGGUUGUGGUUUUUGUGUGUGUGUUCUGUUUUUAGUCAAUUGUCAGUCUUUGAUUUCUUUUCGUUUCGUUUUGUUUUUUAGUUUUGUUUAUUAGUUUAUCCACCGUCUGAUCUUUGAUUGUGGGUGGUGGUUUAUCCAUGUACUCCAUAUAAAAUGCUGCUCCCUCUGUCCAAGUAUUACACUUUCGGGAUUAUAUGCUAUUUUUAAAUUGUAUAUAUCUUUUUAUUCAUAAUGUAAUAGUAAGUUUGUCAA